GCAAGGGGAACAGAGCCAUGUCGGCUUUCGAAGUGACUCUCCAGCAGCUCAACGACUUGUUGACAGACGACAGAGGCUUUUACAGCUGGCCAACGAAACACGUCCACGAGGUUUAUCCGCGCAUCUUCGUCGGCGAUGCGUUUGUGGCGACAAACACGACGCGCUUGAAGAGUUUGGGAAUCACCCACAUUCUCAACGCUGCAGAGGGAAAUUCCUUCAUGCACGUGAACACCAGCGCAGAGUUUUAUGCAGGAACAGGGAUCACCUACCAUGGAGUGGCAGCCAGUGAUACGGAUCACUUCGACAUCAGCGUUUUCUUCCAAGAGGCAGCCGAUUUUAUCGAGGAAGCUCUGGCAUACAAAAACGGGAGAGGUCGAGUAUACGUGCAUUGCAGGGAAGGCUACAGUCGUUCCCCCACCUUAGUCACGGCCUACCUGAUGCUUCGCCAGAAAAUGGACAUCCACAGCGCUCUCGCAACAGUGAGAGAGAGAAGAGAGAUCGGCCCUAACGAUGGCUUCCUUUACCAACUCUGCCGACUGAACCAGACGCUGGCCGCUGAGGGAAUGCUCUGGAACAAAUGAAGCAGAAACAAAAGUAUGCUUCAUCACAUUCUUGAAAUAUUGACAUAUUUUGCAGUACCGUAAUUUUCGGACUAUAAGUCACACCGGAGUAUAAAUCGCACCAGCCAUAAAAUACCCAAAAAAGUGAAGAAAAAACCCAUAUAUAUUUAUAUAAGUCGCUCCUGAGUAUAAGUCGCCCCCCCACCCAAACUAUGAAUAAAACCACGACUUAUAGUCCGAAAAUUACGGUAUAUAUUUUUUGAAAUAACAUGAAAUAUAAAUUAUGAUUUUGUAAGUACAGAAUAUUUUACCUCACUUGUGUAACUCAAUUGGUUAUUGAUCGAGUUAUCCUGUAGAGGUCACAAAUGAUCCACUUUUUGGACCUGUGUGAAGACAAGUAGCAGAAAAGAACAUGUUCCACUGAGAUCAUUUUGCUGCAGGUCUCAUAGUCCUCUUUAGGGUUUAUUUACAAGCGGAGCAAAAUGCUUUUGCCACCUGGAAGUACAUACACGUGACGUCAUGCUCUAAUGUCCUAUUGUGCACUAAUGAGUGUGUGCUGACAAUGUUUUGGAAACCAUUGUGUGCUUCUCAGUGAUCUUUGAGGUCUUUUGUAUGUUUGGACUAAUGGAUUAUU